AUGGAGCUGCUGCAGGCGCUGUGCUACACAUUUCUGCUGCUGCUGUCAAGGAUGCUAGUUCUGCACGCAGUUAGUUGGGAGGAAUGGUGGACCUACGAUGGCAUAUCGGGUCCCGCUUUCUGGGGUCUCAUUAAUCCGGAAUGGUCGCUCUGCAAUAAAGGACGUCGUCAGUCGCCAGUCAAUUUGGAGCCGCAGCGCUUGCUCUUCGAUCCCAAUUUACGCCCCAUGCACAUUGAUAAGCAUCGAAUUAGCGGCAUCAUUAGCAAUACGGGCCAUAGCGUUAUAUUUACGGCGGGCAAUGACACUGUGGCUAAUUAUGAUGGCAUGCAGACGCCGGUGAAUAUAUCUGGCGGCCCAUUAUCGUAUCGCUAUCGCUUCCAUGAGAUACACAUGCACUAUGGACUCAAUGAUCAAUUUGGCUCCGAGCACAGCGUCGAGGGUUACACAUUCCCAGCGGAGAUACAGAUAUUUGGCUAUAACUCUCAGCUGUAUACAAAUUUCUCGGACGCACUCAACCGUGCCCAGGGAAUCGUUGGUGUCUCCAUAUUGCUGCAGCUGGGAGAUCUGUCGAAUCCGGAACUGCGCAUGUUGACGGAUCAAUUGGAGCGCAUUCGCUUUGGCGGCGACGAGGCAUUUGUAAAGCGUCUUUCGAUUCGCGGCCUGCUGCCCGAUACGGAUCAUUACAUGACCUACGAUGGCUCCACAACCGCCCCCGCCUGCCACGAGACAGUCACCUGGGUGGUGCUCAACAAGCCGAUUUACAUAACCAAGCAACAGUUGCACGCUCUGCGCCGCUUGAUGCAGGGCAGUCCCGAUCACCCAAAGGCGCCGCUGGGCAACAAUUAUCGACCGCCGCAGCCGCUGCUGCAUCGACCAAUUCGCACUAACAUUGAGUUCAAGACGACGAAAGCGAACAGCAAGCAGGCCGCUUGUCCCACCAUGUACCGCGAGGUCUACUACAAAGCGACCAGUUGGAAACAAAACUAAGAGUCAAUGCCAAGACGUAGCAUAUAGGACGUGUGACGUACGUAAGUAGCGUGUGGCGUGCAACAGGAGCUUCCACUAAACAUAUAGACAGGAGCGUGUGAGGAGGAGAGGGAUGCAGUGCAGCAGCAUAAGCCGAAUGGGCGAAAUAAAUAAAUACAAUUUAUAGCGGACAGACGACGACUUAACUCUGUAAUAAUAAUAAAGCUAGCAU